AAGAAUUCAGAAUUCACAAGGAAGAAGCAAUUUUGGUAAACGCCGUUGACUUGGAAAACAAAAUGGGGAUAUACCAUAAUAAUAUGCCAUUUGAUGCUGGUUGGUUAGUGUAGUUUGAAAGUCUGUCCAUCUUUUUUGUAUAUAAACCGCUACAAAACCACACUUUUCUCUUCACUCUAAAUCUCUUUAGUCCUUUUCUUUUUUCAUGUUCUGUUAAAAAAAAAAAAGAGCAGCAUAAAAGCACAAGAGAAGGACUGAGCAGUGAAUCUUGGAUAUGGCUCGAGGAGAGCAGCUGGAAGUGCUUAAUGCACUUGAUGUCGCCAAGACGCAACUUUACCAUUUCAAAGCAAUUGUGAUUGCUGGAAUGGGAUUCUUCACAGAUGCAUAUGAUCUCUUCAGUAUCUCCCUCUGUACAAAGCUGCUGGGACGGAUAUACUACUACCAUCCGAACUCCCCAAAGCCGGGUGGUCUUCCUCCUGGUCCUCAAUCAGCUGUUACUGGUGUUGCCUUGGUUGGUACCUUACUAGGCCAGCUCUUUUUUGGUUGGCUUGGUGACAAGAUGGGGAGAAAAAGAGUUUAUGGAAUGACCUUGGCUCUCAUGGUGGUUUGUUCGAUUGCCUCAGGUCUUUCCUUUGGAAGCAGUGCAAAAGGUGUGAUUGCCACACUUUGUUUCUUCAGGUUUUGGCUUGGUUUUGGCAUUGGAGGUGACUAUCCACUUUCUGCAACAAUCAUGUCUGAGUAUGCGAAUAAGAAGACUCGAGGAUCUUUUAUCGCGGCUGUUUUCGCAAUGCAAGGAUUUGGGAUAUUGACAAGUGGAAUUGUGGCUCUCAUUGUUUCAUCUUCUUUUAACCAUGCAUAUCCUGCUCCACCAUACCAAGACGAUCGCCCUGGCUCAGUAGUUCCUGAGUAUGAUUACAUGUGGCGUAUUAUAUUGAUGUUUGGGGCAGUUCCAGCGGGACUUACCUACUAUUGGCGAAUGCAGAUGCCUGAAACUGCUCGCUAUACCGCCCUUGUUGCAAAGAAUGCUGAGCAGGCAGCCAAGGAUAUGGCUAGAGUGUUGAAUGUUGAACUUCAGGCUGAAGCGGAAAAAGUGGAGAAAUUCACUGAAAAAUCAGCCAACAAGUUUGGAUUGUUUUCAAGACAAUUCCUUCGACGCCAUGGCCUUCAUCUACUGGGAACAACUACAACAUGGUUCUUACUUGAUAUUGCAUUUUACAGCCAGAAUCUUUUCCAGAAGGAUGUUUUGAGUUCCAUUGGGUGGAUUCCACCAGCUGCAACAAUGAGUGCAGGCGAGGAGCUUUUCAGAAUUGCCAGGGCUCAGACCUUGAUAGCACUAUGCAGUACUGUUCCAGGAUAUUGGUUUACGGUUGCAUUUAUCGACAUAAUUGGAAGAUUCGCGAUCCAAUUGAUGGGAUUCUUCUUCAUGACUGUUUUCAUGUUUGCUCUGGCAAUUCCAUAUCAUCACUGGACACUGAAGGAUCAUCGCAUUGGCUUCGUGGUUAUGUACUCAUUGACAUUUUUCUUCUCAAACUUUGGGCCUAAUGCAACUACAUUUGUCGUGCCAGCAGAAAUCUUCCCGGCUAGAUUAAGGUCAACAUGUCAUGGUAUAUCUGCUGCUGCAGGGAAAGCAGGAGCUAUAGUAGGGGCUUUCGGAUUUCUAUAUGCUGCUCAAAGCAAAGAUCCUGCUAAAACUGAUCCUGGCUACCCAACAGGUAUCGGCAUCAAGAAUGCGCUCAUUGUCCUCGGAUGUGUGAAUGCAUUAGGCAUGAUAUUCACUUUCUUAGUGCCAGAACCAAAGGGAAAAUCACUUGAGGAGUUGUCUGGUGAAAAUGAGGACGAAUAUGACGAUAAAGCAGAUUAUGCUACAGCAUCUUCAAAUAGAACUGCUCCAGUUUAAACUUUGCACUCUUUUGGUUGAAGUUCUUCAAGAUAAUGGGUAGAGGGUCUUACACAAAAAAAAAAAAAAAAAAAAUUAUGUUUCUUCUAAACACGUAGAUAUCGUCGCCUUUGUAAAGGUUUCAGAAGUUGCAAUAUACUUCUGUGUGAAAUUCACAUUGUGAUUGUGCUAUUAAACCUUUAUUGUUCAUAUGUGGAAGCAAAAGUUUGAUGAAUCUUAGUGCAAAGAACCGUGAAAACGAACAUUGAAAACUCUCACUUCCAGAAAACAACUUUGUAGUAAGUUAAUUGUAGAGUUCUCUGUACCAGAUGAAAAGUUGAUGAUGAAAUGUUUGAUUUUUAUAAUUGAAAUGCAAAUGUCAAUGGGAAAAAAACACACACACACACCAUUCUGAGCGAGUUUCUGCGUCCUGCUGAAUGGCGGAAAACUUGUCCUCUGGCCACUUGUUUAGGCCACUGAGUCAGAAACACGCAAGUUUUCAAC